UUCUUCUUCCUGCCAGCAGACGUCGCGCUCUAGUUUUGCGUCAAUCCGAUGAAGGAAACGUUGAAGGAGCAAAUAUUUGUGAGAGACAUGGCUACGAUUAACGCCGAAGAAAUCGAGGAAAUCGAGAAAAAGGAGUUAGAAUUGGUGAGCAUGGAGGAAUUUCCUCCCGAGUUGCUCAUCAAGCAUCCGCUUCAAAACACUUGGACUCUUUGGUACUACGAGCAAGAUCGAUCCAAAUCUUGGGAAGAAAGUCAACGUCAGAUUACCAGUUUCGACACAGCUGAAGACUUCUGGAGUUUGUACAAUCACAUAAAAUCGGCCUCAGAAUUGAGGCAAGGUUCCGAUUACAGUAUGUUCAAAGAAGGAAUCCGACCUAUGUGGGAGGAUGACGCGAACAAGCAUGGAGGCAGGUGGCUCAUCAAUCUUGACAAGAAGCAAAGGUCGACUGAGCUGGACCACUUUUGGCUCGAGAUUCUCCUGUGCAUGAUUGGCGAAGGAUUCAACGAAUUUUCUGAGGAUGUUUGUGGGGCUGUAGUUAAUGUCAGAGCACGUCAGGAUAAACUCGCUCUCUGGACGGGAGAUGCGAGUAGUUCACAGAGCAUCAUGGAAAUUGGGCGCAAACUGAAGGAACGAUUGAGGAUCACAUCGAAAGUAACAAUAGGAUACCAAAUUCACAAAGACACAAUGGUCAAGGCAGGAAGUAUGACCAAAAAUACCUACAUGGUCUAAAACUUAGAUUCGCUGCUGCGAAGCGGAAAUUUCCCGAAACUCCGCUAAUCAAUUAAUUUGACGGCUCCGAAUUUUUUCCGUACCAUUUAAGUUCUCAGCCUGUUUGAUACAGAGCCGUAAAACGAAUAUUUCGUUGCAAAACCCAUUCUUAUUCCUCGCAAGAACAGACUGAGUGAGGUUUAGCGAAUGAAGUAUAUAUAAUAUAAAUAUAUAGCUAACAAUAAUAACAAUAAAAUUUAUGAUAUUAAAUGAACGGGUCAUUGAUGUACAGGAAAGUGCGAGACUCGAUUUACAAACGUUCGUAAGAGCAUUGUCUGUUUUUGACAGGUUUUUUUGCGGAGAUUCUUUUUAAAGUGAGGGAAAUCAUUUUUAUUCGAUGCAGCAUGAUUUAUUGAUUACAUUUAGUCAAUUACGUUACACUACAUUUUCAUGGAGUGUGUAUUUAAUUUUUUUUAUAUAUGUAAGUUGUAUGAAAUCUACAACUUUAGUCAAGUAAAUAUAUCGUUUCUUUAUACGCGUUGCUCUUGAAUGUCUCUGCAACACCCAGCUGAUAUUGUAUUAAAAUUAAAAGUAUUUUAUAAGAGUAGCUUUUGCAUAUUGUUCUCUAUUUUCAGAGGAGUCUGCUCUGAAUUUAUUCUCGGGGAUAUAUUCUAAGGUCCAAAUUUCGUUGCCUUUAUUGAUUUUGGAACUUGGUUACUGGGAAAUAAUCUUAAGGAGAGUAGAAAUUAGAUUGAAUAAAUUAGAAUUAAGAAUUGAGAGAUUAGAUUUCGAAUUAAAAAGUAUCAACUUAUUAUAUAAGGUAAAAAUAAAGAGAUACAACACA